UUUGUGUAAUUGCAGCUAGGCUUCAUUGAGAGAUUGUGUCCGAGAACACAUUGUGUACAACAACUUGUAAUCGAUUCAUCCUAGCUAAAUAAAGAUCAAAAGCCACUGGGGCUGUUCUGGCCGAGGAAUAGGCAGCUACUGAAGUGAAGUGAAACAUGGCUGAACUUGUGAUUGGUGCUUUUCUCUCUGCUUCCUUUGAUCUUUUGCUGCAAAAGAUUGCUUCUCCUUAUGUUGAGAAGCUCCUCUUCAAUGGAGAAAAUGAAAGUUCUGUUAAAGAGAGGCUUUUCAAGCUGCAGUCAACCUUCAACACUCUUGCUGCAGUUCGCUUUGAGGUGGAGAACAAGAGAAUCAAAAACCCUGCUGUGGAGAAGUGGUUGGACGAUCUUCUGGAUGCUGUUGAUGAUGCUGAGGACUUCUUUGGUGAUAUUGACUACGAUGCUAUGAAACCCAACAAAGUUGAUGAGUCAAAGAAAGAAAAACGAAAGGCAAUAAGUAAGUUACUCUCUUAUUUCUCUAAACCUUCUACUUCAACUGAGCGCGUAAGGAAUGCAAAUAUGGAGGAGAUUCUCAAGAGGUUCGAGUACUUAGCCAAUCAGAUUGGAAACUUAAAUCUUGGAAAGAAUGUUGUCGAGGUGCAACCAUCAGGAAGUUCACGUGUGAAGACUUCUCUACCAGAUGAACCUGAACUUUAUGGUAGAAAGACUGAUGAAGAUGCUUUAAUGAAGUUGUUGAUGUCGGAUGAAGAUAGUAGUGAUGAGAAGAUAUGUGUCAUUCCCAUAGUGGGGAUGGGUGGGAUAGGGAAAACUACCCUCACUCAAAAUCUUUUCAAUGAUGAACGAGUGAAGAAGAAGUUUGAAUCUAGAGCCUGGGUGUAUGUUUCAGAUAAAUUUGAUUCCACGGCUGUGACAAAAAAUCUCCUUCAAGAAUUAGCACCGAGUGAUGUUGAUAAUGACAUGACUUUGAAUUUACUUCAAGUUAAUUUGUCAAAUAAGUUAAUGGGAAAGAAGUUUUUGAUUGUCUUAGACGAUGUUUGGGAAGAUGAUUAUGCGCAGUGGACAGAAGUGAUGAAGCCUUUUAAAGGUGGAGCAAAAGGCAGCAAAAUAAUAGUAACAACAAGAAAUGGAAAAGUUGCAAAUAUCAUUCGAACUGUUGAUACACACCAACUUAGAGAAUUAUCAGAAGACGAGUGUUGGGCACUAUUUGUGAAACACGCUUCUAGUGAAAACUUUAGAAAGUUUACUAAGAACCCAAAUUUAGAAAGGAUCGGUAGAGAAAUUUCCAAGAAAUGUAAUGGUUUACCUUUAGCUGCUAAAGUUAUGGGAGGCAUCUUGAGAUCAACGUUAGAUGUAUGGAGAUGUGAACAAAUAGCAAGGAAUAAUAUUUGGGAGUUGACACAUGAAAGGAGUCAAGGCCUUCCUGCUGCCUUAGAAGUGAGCUACUACUAUCUCCCUCUACACUUGAAAGGGUGUUUUGCUUUUUGUUCAAUAUUCCCAAAAGGCUAUCAAUUUCAAAGACAAGAGUUGGUCUUAUUAUGGAUGGCUGAAAAUUUUGUCAUGCGCUCCAAGUGGAAUAGAAAAAUGGAAGAAGUUGCCGGUGAGUACUUUGAUGAUUUAGUAUCUAUGUCAUUUUUUCUAAAAUCCAAGGACAGGAGCGGUAGAUCUAUUUUUCUGAUGCAUGAUCUACUUGUUGAUUUGGCUAAAAUUGUUUAUGGAAAGGAUAGUUCUUUAUUAGAGCACAAUGAAGACAUUGUUAAGUUCGAGAAGAAGACACGUCACCUCGGAUGUGUAAUGGAACAUUCUACUGAUCACAAGGUAUCUAGCUAUGAUUUUGAAGGUACCCAUUUGCAAACCUUUUUAACAUUAAGUUCAAGAUAUUCUGAAAUCAGUUUUUUUAAGGAAGUAGUGCAGAAUUUGUUAUCAAUGUUGAAACGUUUGAGAGUUCUAUCUUUUCGUGGUCUUCGUAUGGCUGAGUUCUCUGACUCAAUUGGUGAACUUAAACAUCUUCGCUAUUUAGAUCUUUCCAAGACUCAAAUUGUGAUGCUGCCCGAAUUCGUAACUAAAUUGUACAAUUUGCAGACAUUGAAGUUAGAGGAUUGUGAUCAUCUUCAAAUUCUACCCAAAGAUAUGCAUCAUCUUAUUAUCAGUGGAGAUAGUCUAGUCGAGAUGCCAAGUCAAAUAAGUAAAUUGACAAAUUUCCAAAUUUUGACUACUUUUGUGGUGGGGAUGGAUAGUGGUGCUAAAAUAGAAGAAUUGGCAGAACUUCAUAGUCUACAUGGAGAGCUUUCCAUUAAGAAGUUAGAAAAUGUGACCAAUAUUACAAAAGCACCGAAUCAAAUUGUACUGGAGAGGAAGCAACUUGAGAAAUUGUAGUUGGAAUGGAGUGUUAUUUAUUCUAAUGUUGAUCCAAAACAUGGAGAGGGUGUGCUGGAAAUGCUUGCACCUAACACAAUGUUGAAGGAGCUCGAGAUUAUGUACUAUUUGCCACCCUUUGGGCAACUUCCUUUGCUAAAAGAUCUUUCCAUCUCAAGAUGCAAUUCGGUAGUGACGGUGGGUGCUGAGUUUUACGGGAAUUGUUCUGCGAGAAAGCCAUUUUCAUCAUUGGAAACAUUAAGGUUCAGGUACAUGUCAUCAUGGGAGAAAGGGCAUCCAAUGCAAACUAAAGAGGCAACAACAUAUGGGAAGCUCAAAACACUUGAGAUUGCUCGCUGUCCUAAGCUUGUCGGAGAUUUGCCUGGCUUCCUUCCUUCAUUGAUAAGUAUUAAAAUUAUGGGUGGCAAGCAGUAUCCAUUAUUAAGUCUCCCAAUAUUACCAUGUGUCACAAAUAUGAGGAUUGAAAAGUUGGAGAAUUGGGAGUCAUUGUAUGAGGCAAUAAAGCCAAGGAAUCCUUGUUCCACUCUCACUCCACCCUAACAUUACCAUCU